GUCGACCGCGACACAGGCAGAUCUCGAGACGUUGCUCGGAAAGACACUCGACGACGUUCGAGCAGGUUCUCACCUACUCGAGAUCCGGGAGUUGCCGCGCGCCCGCGAAAAUUCAAUUGGCAAUCGAGUGAUCGAUUUUUCGCGCGCGCGAUUUUUCGCACCCUGACACACCACACAUACACAUACACGCGUGCGUGAAACGUGGCAUUCGCGGAUUGGCGAAUGGUAGACGGUGGAUGGGUGCGAAUAUUCGUGGUGGCUCGUUGCUCUGUACCUGGCAGCGGCAGGCGGCCGGGAAGUUCGGGAACAAGCGGCAGGCGGGGACUCUCCUGUCUUCAGUACGCGCGCGGACGACGACACUCGACGACGACGACGACGACAGCCGAUGCGCUGAUACGAACGCGGGCGGCGGUAUGCGCGGGGUGGCGACGGUACCGCAAUUGGCACCGGCGCCGACGCCGGCGUCCCAUUGCCUGACGGCGCAAAACUACUACAUCCUCCACGCCGGGAACGGCAUUCAGGGUAACAAUGACGGCAUCGGCGGCGGUAUCGUCGCCACCGCCGUCGCGGACGGCGGCAAUCCGUCGUCGAUGACGCGGUACGGUCGCUUCACGCCGACCGCUUCGCCGCACCUGGUGGACCUGAGCGGGCCAUCGCCGGCGGACCACCAUCAACAGCAGCAUCACGGCCUACCGUCCGGUUACCAUCAUCCGCACAGCCAGGCGGAGUACACCGAGCUGAAUCAUCAUGUGAUGUUCAAGAAUCCAGAGGAGACACGGUAUCAUCACCAUCUCCAUCACGGCCAGGACGGCCAUCACGCGGACACCAAGAUGAUGCGGGAGCUGCAAUUGGCGGCCGACUACGAGCGGCGUCUCCACUCGACCGACAACUCGCCCGAGUUCCUGUCGGACUACAGUAGGGACCAUGAGCAGCAGAGCCUGUGCCUGACGCCGUCCUCGCAGAGCGUGUACUCCCCCGGCUGCGGCGCCGACGAGACGACCAUGGGCUCCGUCCAGUCGGUCCAGAGGGGCGCCUACCAUCAGAUGGCGGAGUACAAACCGGACGUGAUCGAGGACGUCGGGACGUACGGUGGCUGUGAGCAGACCGCGGAGCUCGGCCACGUGGCCGAGCCUUCGUCGUCGACGACGAAGGAGUACGGGGGUGGCAGGCAGGGCGUCAAUAUCAGGGGCACGGGUGUCAAGAGGAAGCGGCGACACAGCGGCAACAACAACAGCAACAACAGCAACAGCAGCGGCAACAGCAGCUGUUGCAACGGCAACGGCGAGUCCGACGACGGCGAGGCGGCCACGACCGCGGCGGCCUCGUCCACGCGGGCCAAGAUGCGCCGCAAGAACGACCAGGAGCUGCAGAAUCAACGGGCGAUGGCGAACGUCCGGGAACGCCAGCGGACGCAGAGCUUGAACGAGGCGUUCACCGCGCUCCGUAAGAUCAUACCGACCCUGCCGAGCGACAAGCUCAGCAAGAUACAGACGCUAAGGCUUGCCACGCGCUACAUAGACUUCCUCUUCCAAAUGCUCAAGACCAAGGACACCGACGAGGCCGAGUGCGAGAACACAGCACUGAGAAACGCCCGGAGCGCGAUUUCAUCAGCUGUGAGAGACAUGUCGUCAAGUAUGAUAGUGCAUGAGAAACUGUCGUACGCGUUCAGCGUCUGGAGAAUGGAGGGUGAUUGGAAAUCGAAUCCUAUGUAGAAUAUAGGAUAUAAUAAGUUUAGGAUAAAAUUUUAAUCAGAAUAGAGCAAAUUCGAUAGAUUCGAGACACUCUGCGUGUGAUUCCUGCGCACUGAAAGGCUACUUGAAAAGAAAGAAAAAAAAAAAGAUAACGCUCGCUCGCACGCGCGCACGGUCGUCUGCAUCAGCCGUCACUUCACCGCUCGGUUUGCAGCACGGAUUUCAAAAUCAUAGAGAGGAGAUAUCGAAUCGCGAGGAUGCGGAGGUCACUCGCGAUCAAUCAGCGAGGUUACACCUCAUUCCCGUCUCUCCCUGCUCGGUGAGAAUAGUUCAGCAGCCUCUGCGACAUUGGCUUCGUCCUUACGCAAUUUGCACGUCGGACUUGUUUUCCACGAGGAAACUUUCGCUUACUCGGACGAGCGACGGCGGAGAGAGACGUCGGGAUUCUCUCGCGUCCUGCGUCUUCCGUUUUGACUACCUCUCGCGAGAGACGCGUUGCAGCCCGUUAACGGCGGAUUUACGAGCGUUUACCCGGUCUGUCCAAACAAUCUCCGCGCGGCGAUUUAUCGAGUCUCAUAAGCUCCGCCGGGGAGAGGGAGGGGGCGCUCGCGCGAAUUCUCACCGCGCGAUAAACUAUACGCGUUUUAUUCGGGCGCGUAAGACACUCGUUAGCACUUUAAAUAUGAUAUUCCGAUGCACGCACUCGAGGUAACACGUUCCCGGGAGGAAGCGCAAACAACCUCGGAUGCCGAUUUCGCGUGAGAAACGGAGUAUCUCGUCGAUACAUUCCGUUUCUUCUCGCGAAAAUGUUCGAGACGAUCGCCGCAGCGAUGAGUUUCGUGAUGAGGGAACGGGGAAAGAGCUAACGAGCAUUUCGGCGCCCAUCGGGCGGGCACAAUAUUAUUUUUUUCCUCCCGAGAUGACAGUCGCGUCCCCCCCCUAACCCUCCCCCGUCUGCCACCGCGCUGCACCGCACCGUGAAUAUUUCGAAUGGCGUUAGUUAUUUUAGACCGGUCAAAGCAAACUUUCGCGGCCGUGUUUUGAACCGCUUAACGAAGAAGCGAGAGAAAGAGGAAUCGCGCGCGUCGCGUUAAAGAAAAAAAUGUUCCCUUCUAAUCGUCGGAAUAACAUUUACGAGAACGUAAUCUUUUUUUUUUUUUUUUACUUUGAAGCCGCGCGAGGCGAAUUUAAUGGAGCCGUCGCGACGGACGAGAGAUAAUCGCGAGCAAUGCAAUAAUGUAUUAAUACGCGCGAAAAAAUAUCACGUCCCCCCCCCCUUUUCCCCCUCGCGUUCUGCGAUUAGCCGAGAUCCUUCGCCGUUUCGCUAGUUACGUUAAUUGGCCCGGUAAAAACAUUCAUCUAUGUUUCGGGCGGCGACAAUUCCGGAAAGCGCGCGCUUGCCUUGCUUUUUAGUCGUCGCGCAACAUACGCGCCGGUGCCGACCAUAAAUCUCCUUGAAUUCAAUUAGCCAAGACAGAUCCGAGACAUUCGGCAUCCCUCCGCCCUCGCCGUUGGUGCGGCGGGGCCCUUUUCGGGCACCCCCGUGCACGCUCUCCUCUCCUCCCUUCCUCUCGCCGCGCGCCGCAAAAACAAACCCGUCGGCGGGACGGAUGCUGCCAUCCGAUCUGAUGCCUUGUGUGUCCGGAGACCUCCGACCGAUUUCUCGAGCUGACAGUUGAAAGCGUCUCGUCCCGAUGAGCCAAGUACGAAAUUGUCAUUAACGCUCUGCGCGCGCGUCGUUCUCCGCACAGCCGAGUUAAAAGAUCUUUCAAUGGUGUGUUCAUUAAAAAAAAAAAAAAAAAAAAUUAUAUGAACGUCACAACUGCACAGUGUUCUUGGACAAAAAAGAAAGGAUCCUUCCUUUCUUCUUUAUCCAAGGAAAUUUGCAGGACAAUACUGCCGAAUCGCGUGUACAGAGUGUUGAUUUGUCGAGUGUUGAGACUGUCGGUUUUGAACUCUCUUGGGAGCGCGUUUCAUCCGAGACUCUCCUUCUAGGAAAUCGAUCGGGCCCGAUAAUCUUUCGAAGCUUUCGCCGACAGGGUCUUCCCUCGGGGGAGUCACGUAGCGGCGGGAGAGAGAUAAGAAAGACGUCGAGAAUGACCAUGACAGCUGCUUCACUUCGCGGCGAGGGCCUCAGACAACGAGCGGAGACGCGCGGAUUAUUCAAGGACGGAUUCUCCUCUCUUUCGGUCCCUCCCUUCUCCCUUUCCUCCCAUCAAUCCUCCCCCCCUCCCCCGUUUCUCUCGCGUAUCGGUGUAUAAUUGUUCCUAAAAAUAAGUUUCGCAUGCGAGCGAGCGGCUCGUCUGCCACGGCGCUGACAAAACGCGUCCAGCAAACGUGUAUCCGACAAUAAUUCUUAAUCGACGUCGUCGCGUCGGCGAUUGCGAGGAUAUCCUCCCGAACUCUCACCGCGGGAAAGACGCGAGACGUGUCUCUUGCAUCUUAUUGUAUGCGAAUUUAUAUGUAAAAGAAAAAAAAA